CUGACUGCAGCUUUGACUUCAGUUUGUCCUCCUUUAUUUACACUUCAAAGAAGUGAGAACAUGAUUAUACAGCAGUUUAAGGAUUUUAGGACACUUUAGUUUGAUUACUGUCAGUCAGCUGGUUUUAACCAGUCAAAGAAACAUUGAACAGAAUUUGAGGAAGAGUUGGAGAAAUACGGAGCCAAGAAGUAUUUUACAACUAAAAACUUUACAGUCUUCAGACAGGAGCAGGUUUUAACCGAGGCUUCGCUGUAAAUGAGGAAACAAAGUUCAAUUCCACAGAGCUGAGUCCCAGCUUGAUGACCCCUCCCUCUUCCUCCUGCUCUCCAAUCACAGCGAGCUCCACUCUGUCCAUAUAUUUCCUUGUUCCCUCCCCUUCAGAUCUCCAGUUUGAAGAUGGGUGUAACCAACAUGUGCUGACGUGCAGCAGCUGACAGGCUCCAUUAACUGCAGAGACACAUGCUGUUUAGAUCAGAGCUCAAACUAGCUGCACUUCUGAGGAAGUGAAACUCAGACAGUCGUUGCCACUGAGAGGUGAAAUGGCGCAGAAAGGAGUUCAGCUGGACCGAGAAAAAUUCUGCUGUUCGAUCUGUCUGGAUCUGCUGAAGGAUCCGGUGGCUAUUCCCUGUGGACACAGCUACUGCAUGAACUGUAUUAAAAGCUUCUGGGAUGAAGAGGAUGAGAAGAAAAUCCACAGCUGCCCUCAGUGUAGGCAGACCUUCACACCGAGGCCUGUCCUGCUGAAAAACACCAUGUUAGCAGAUUUAGUGGAGGAACUGAAGAAGACUGGACUCCAAGCUGCUCCUGCUGAUCACUGCUAUGCUGGACCUGAAGAUGUGGCCUGUGAUGUCUGCACUGGGAGAAAACUGAAAGCCCUCAAGUCCUGUCUGGUCUGUCUGGUCUCUUACUGUGAGAAACACCUCCAGCCUCAUUAUGAUGUGGCUCCGUUCAAGAAACACAAGCUGGUGGAGCCCUCCAAGAAGCUCCAGGAGAACAUCUGCUCUCGUCACGAUGAGGUGAUGAAGAUGUUCUGCCGUACUGAUCAGCAGAGUAUCUGUUAUCUCUGCUCUGUGGAUGAACAUAAAGGCCACGACACAGUCUCAGCUGCAGCAGAAAGGACCGAGAGGCAGAGAGAGCUCGAGGUGAGUCGACAAAACAUCCAGCAGAGAAUCCAGGACAGACAGAAAGAUGUGAAGGUGCUUCAGCAGGAGGUGGAGGCUAUCAAUGGCUCUGCUGAUAAAGCAGCGGAGGACAGUGAGAAGAUCUUCACCGAGCUGAUCCGUCUGAUGGAGAAAAGAAGGUCUGAUGUGAAGCGGCAGCUCAGAUCCCAGCAGGACACUGAAGUGAGUCGAGUCAAAGAGCUUCAGGAGAAGCUGGAGCAGGAGAUC